AUGAGUACUCCUGGGAGUCCUUCUAGUCGCUUUCGCGAACUAUCCAAGUACAUCAAUAGUUUGACCAAUUUACUUGGCGUGGAUUUUCUUGCGCCCAAAUUGGAAUUCAACUAUCGCACCUGGACCACGAUCUUUGCGAUUGUUAAUUACACGGGCUUCACGGUAUUUACGAUACUAAAUAAUGGAGGAGACUGGAAUGUGGGACUGAAGGCCAGCCUCAUGACUGGUGGGCUAUUCCACGGACUCGGGAAGUUCCUGACUUGUCUGCUGAAGCAUCAGGACAUGAGACGUCUGGUCCUUUACUCACAAAGCAUUUACGAGGAAUACGAGAAUCGGGGAGAUUCCUACCGCAGGACCUUGAAUUCGAACAUAGAUCGACUCCUCGGCAUCAUGAAGAUCAUUCGAAACGGAUAUGUAUUCGCUUUUUGUUUAAUGGAACUCCUGCCAUUGGCCAUGCUAAUGUACGAUGGAACGCGGGUUACUGCGAUGCAGUAUUUAAUUCCAGGUCUACCGCUUGAGAAGAAUUAUUGCUACGUAGUCACGUACCUGAUUCAGACGGUGACAAUGCUCGUGCAAGGAGUCGGAUUCUACUCCGGCGAUUUGUUCGUAUUUCUCGGCUUAACGCAGAUCCUAACAUUCGCCGAUAUGCUGCAGGUGAAGGUGAAAGAGCUGAAUGAUGCUCUGGAGCAAAAAGCGGAAUACAGAGCUCUAGUCCGAGUUGGAGCAUCUAUUGAAGGAGCGGAAAAUCGUCAACGCCUACUCUUGGAUGUUAUAAAGUGGCAUCAAUUAUUCACGGACUAUUGUCGUGCCAUAAAUGCCCUUUACUACGAAUUGAUCGCCACUCAGGUUCUAUCGAUGGCUUUGGCCAUGAUGCUCAGCUUCUGCAUUAAUUUGAGCAGCUUCCACAUGCCUUCGGCCAUCUUUUUCGUGGUUUCUGCGUACAGCAUGUCUAUCUAUUGCAUACUGGGCACCAUCCUUGAGUUUGGAUAUGACCAGGUGUACGAGAGCAUCUGCAAUGUGACCUGGUAUGAGUUGAGUGGCGACCAGCGAAAGCUUUUUGGUUUUUUGUUGCGGGAAUCCCAGUAUCCCCACAAUAUUCAGAUACUUGGAGUUAUGUCGCUGUCCGUGAGAACGGCUCUGCAGAUUGUUAAACUAAUUUAUAGCGUGUCCAUGAUGAUGAUGAACCGGGCAUAG